AUGAAGGGCAUCACAGUGAGCGGAGACGGUGCUUAUGCAGAGUUUCAGCCUGGACUAACAAGCGGCGAACUGUUACGAGCGUUGUGGGCUCAAGGCAAGGAGACAGUGACUGGAUCUUGUUUGUGCGCUGGGAUCAUGGGCAUCAUGCUUGGCGGCGGCCACGGAUAUCUACAAGGCUUAUACGGCUUCCCCACAGACCAGAUCCUAGAAAUGAGAGUCGUGCUUGCUAACGGCACCUUGGCUGUGGCAUCCGCAGAAGAGAACGAGGACCUAUUUUGGGGACUCCGAGGAGCGGGCCAUAACUUUGGUAUUGUCACUUUAACAAGAUACAAAGUCUACCCCAGUGGCCCGAAAUGGUCACAAGCUCGGCUCGUGUUCCCAGGAUCCCACCUUGAGCAGAUUUUUACCUUAUCAAAUGACUACCUAAGCAUAGAUAGCCACCCAGCGGGGCUGAUCUUAUGGUAUGUCUUUUCGCGACGGCCCGACCUCGCGCAAGAGCCCGUCAUUGUCAUGGACCUGAUAUACCGUGGCGAUUUGGCUGAACUUGAGAACCUCUCAUCCAGGUUCAUCGCCCUCGGCGCAUUGGAGGUCUCUAUGUAUACGGAGAUUGAAUAUCCAGACCUCUACAAGCUGAACACCAUUGAUGAGACUAGCGUCGUGUGUAAAAAGGGCGCCUAUAGACAUCUAUUUCGGUCAUACUUGAAGCGGCAUAGUCCAGAGGCCCUACGCGCAGUGUAUAACAUCUUUUCAAACGUCAUAACGCGGACCCCUGUCUGGACGUAUUAUAACGAGAGCUACGCUGCGGACAUACUCUCCGCAACGCAGGAUAUGAAAAGGAUUAUAGUGGAAAGUAGCGGUGAGGGGCAACAGAACAGCUAUGUCAACUAUGCCGUCGGCGAUGAGACUCUCGCCGAGAUCUACGGUUCUGCGCCCUGGCGGGUAGAAAAGUUGAAGAGGUUGAAAUCACAGUAUGACCCUCAAGGGAAGUUCAACUUUUACCUGCCGCUGGCUUAG